AAACAACGAAGGGAGCUAUGACACCUCCAACCCGUCCAACAGUAACGCAAGUCCCUAAGCCGAUGUUUCUACAGAUCUGUGUACCUUUUCAUGACGAAGAAAUCAACAGGAUAACAGGACAUCUCAAACAGGGACAUCAAAAAGAAGAUUUGUCCGAGGCAGUCGUUGAAGAACGUUGAAGAAUGAAUCGUUACAACCCUUGGGCUUCGGGAUGGAAUAAUAAGAAUUACAGACAACGUGGGUCAGGAAGCAGAAGAGGUGCAAAAAGCAGAGGAAAGAAGAAGUCGCGCUAUGGAUAUGAAACCUUGGGUCGCGACCCCUGGCCCCAGGAUGACCUCGAUGACACUGACCUGAUCAGCAUGCUGGACAGGACCAUGGCGGCUGUGAGUCGUCAGAAUGCCAGCGGUGACGGCAUUCUUGAUAGUGACGACACGGAGGAUGAGACGUUGUUUGGACUGAUACGAGGAGCCGUAGUUGGUGUGCAAUACUACAAGGGAAUGGUGAAUAAUAAUGAGAUGGUUGCUUUGGUAAGAGAGCCUAACAACCAGUACGACAGUCAAGCCAUCAAAGUAGAGAACAUCUGGGGCCAUCAGGUGGGCCAUAUUAAGAGAGAAAUGGCGGCUGCUUUAUCGCCGUUAGUUGACGGGAAACUUGUUCGUAUUGACGGGGUGGUUCCAUUCGGCAAGAACAACAGCUACCGUAUCCCGGUGGAUAUAUCAGUCUGGGGAAAAGCUGACCAGAAACAGAGUGUCGUGGAAAGGCUCAGGUAUCGUGGGGUGAGGUUCGAACCCCCUCGUGGGCUAUCAGAAGGAUGGGGCGGGGGCAUCGCUAAAUCAGGGCCGGUCAAGGUCUACAAACCAAGGGCUUCUGCGGCUGCUCCUGUUCAGCUUACAAAAGCAGAGAUGCACAAUGAACUGGACAAGCUCUUUGAAGGUUUGAAACAAGCUGAAAAGACAACCCCCAUGGAGCCAGCAGAGGCGAUAAGCAGCACCCUGUACCCCCACCAGAAGCAAGCGCUCAACUGGAUGUGCUCUCGUGAGAAUACCAACAGCCUCCCACCGUUCUGGGUGCAGCAGGGGAACGGUAACUUCCUGAACACGGUCACCAACUACAGCAGCACCACUAGACCGCCGACGGUGCGGGGUGGCAUCCUUGCCGACGAGAUGGGACUGGGAAAGACCCUUGAGAUGAUCUCACUGAUUCUGACCAACUUCCAUGAGGGGAAACCACUUGCUGUGCCUUGCCAAGAUCCUAUAAUCAUCGAUUCAGACUCGGAUGGAGAGGUCAAAAACACCGACACUCAGCCCCCGCCUGGUAAAGAAGAACCAGACUGCAUCCCUGUCACCCCAGCUGUCAUACCACAAGUGGAAAUUGUACAAGAACCUGUGGUGGAGACAUUGCAAGGAGGGACAGGGGAGGCAGGAGUGAUCUUGGAGGAGGUGGUUCCGCUACCUUCGGUUGACUCUGAAGAUGUGGUUAUCGUUGAGAGUCUCCCAGAUAAUGAAAUUGUGAUAAUUCCAGAUGAUGAUGAUGACAUAAAGGAACAUUUGGUUGAACCACCACCAAAGCCAGUGGUAGAGGUCGUCUCCGCAAGCGGUCGACCACAAAGAUCCUCCAAGAAACCAGCGCGGUAUGUUUUCAGCGAUGGCUCUGACCCUGAGGGGGAGUAUGAGGAGGAAGUGCCAAAGAAAAAAGCUAAGAGUAAAUCACAGGAAGCGAUCGCAGACUCCGCUCCGCCUCUUAAACCAAUCGCAGUUGAGGAGCAGCCCAAGAAGGUCAAGAAGGCCCAGCCUAAGAAGAAGGGUCGUGCUAAAGCCAGUGGAGAUGACCUGCCAGAUAUUCUACAACUCCCAAAUCUACCACAGUUGUCAACCGUAAAUCUAUUGCCAAAACCAUCACCUACCAUGAUGCCCUCUACUUCGUCUACCAAAAGUGCUGCAAUAGUCCUCCCAGUGAAAUCAUCUCAGAAAGGUCCCAAGACCCUGGGUCUAGGGGCUGGAACCUCAUCAAAGGGACCCAGGCCAACCCUCAUCAUCUGUCCACUGUCUGUUCUUAGUAAUUGGUUGAACCAGUUUGAGGAGCACGUCAGGCCAGACGUUGAUCUUAAUCUGUACACUCACUACGGUUCAGACAGAGUCAAGAGCCAUGGCAAACUCUUAGGCCAAGACGUCAUCUUGACCACUUAUAACACCUUAGCAGCUGAGUUUAAGGCCAAGGAAGACAACAGUCCAUUACAUACGGUGGACUGGUUGAGAGUGGUUCUGGAUGAGGGACAUACAAUCCGUAAUCCCAGCGCCCUUCAGACAAAAGCUGUCUUGGAGUUGAAGGCGGAACGCAAGUGGGUUUUGACAGGUACACCCAUCCAAAACAGCAUUAAGGACCUGUGGGCGCUAAUGGCCUUCCUAGGACUAGAGCCCUUCAAGUCUAAUCGCGCCUGGUGGCAGCGUACCAUCGUCAGGCCCAUCAACCAGGGUGAUAAAACAGCCAUUGAUCGUAUUUCCCAUCUAAUGGGCCAGAUUGCCCUCCGGCGGACCAAGACCCAAAAGGUCAAAGGUGAACUCCUGGUUGACCUUCCAUCUAAGCAGGUUUUCAUUCAGCACGUGGAGUUAUCAGCAGAGGAGCGAGCAGUUUAUGACAGCAUGGCCAAGGAGGGAAGACUAACCAUUGGAAAGUAUUUCAACAAAGGCGCAUUGUUGGCCCAUUAUGGUGACGUCCUGGCCAUCCUACUACGACUGCGUCAGUUGUCCUGCCACCCUGCCCUCAUUGCUGCUGCUAAACUCAAAGAAGAUGAAGACAACGGAGGAGAGAGUGACCUGAAGAAGAAGCUGAUUACAACCCUCUUGGCCGUCCUCAGUCAAGGAGCAGAUGAGGAAUGCUGCAUUUGUCUAGAGUCUUUGCGAGGUCCAGUCAUCACACCGUGUGCUCAUGUCUUCUGUGCUCGAUGCAUCAGUGAUGUCAUCAACAACGAAGAGAUGGCUUCAAGAUGCCCUCUUUGCCGCGGCAACAUCGAGAAGGACACCCUUGUAGCCGUGCCGAGACAGGCCCAGCAGGAGCAGAAGGAGGCGAUAGAUGCUGACUGGCACUCUAGCGCUAAGGUUGAUGCCGUGCUUGAAUGUUUGAUCCGAGAGCGUGAGAAGGAUCCUGCCACCAAGAGCCUCGUGGUGUCUCAGUUUACCAAACUACUCAGUCUGGUGGAGAAACCUCUCAGGGACAGCGGUUUUCGUUUUGUUCGUCUUGACGGCAGCAUGAGCAGGAAGCAGCGAUGUGAAGCCAUGGAGGCAUUCUCAAGUACCCUGCCCAACACACCGACUGUCUUUCUUCUCUCACUGAAGGCUGGGGGUGUUGGAAUAAACCUUACCGCUGCCUCUAGGGUGUUCCUUCUCGACCCAGCCUGGAAUCCUGCUUCUGAAGAUCAAUGCUUUGAUCGCUGUCAUAGGCUCGGACAAACCAAAGAUGUGGUUGUAACAAAGUUUAUCGUGAAGAACUCCAUCGAGGAACGCAUGCUGGAACUCCAGGAGAAGAAACGCAAGCUGAUGGCAAGUGCCUUCAGCAACAAGAUGUCUGCUGACGAGAAGCGCCAGUCUCGCAUCAACGACAUCCAGACGCUGAUGAACCUGGACUCCGGUGGGGCCCAGAGCUCCACUGCUCCAGCUGCUACCCAGUAGAAGCAGUGGAGCUCCCCUCCUGUUGCCCGGUAGAGUGAAUGAGGAAGAAGGAAAAGAGGACUGGGAGGGAAGAAAGACGAGAAAGGGCGUGGCUGAUCUUAAGGUGAGAUAACGUCUUAAGGGUUUGCUGACAGCAAGCAUUUUGAAAACAAAGUAUAAGCGCCAUUUUAGUUUACUUCAGAAAUGACAAGAAAUGGAUAAAUCAGUUUUAAUGUUUGCAGGAUGUUUACUUCCUAAUUGUCUGCGUUCUUCAAAGAGAUGUAAUUUUCAAAGCAAAAGUAAUAUAUUCUUAAGUGAUUUUUUUGAGUUGAAAGAUUAAUUUGUUUUGUUAGGUGAUCUUAAACUAGACAUUGUUUUAUACCAUCGUUGUAUUGGUCUAUUGAAAGUUUGUAAGUGUUGGGCUGAAUUUGCCUAAGAUAAGUCUUACUUUGAAGUGUGUGAAUAGACAAUGCACUGUUGUGACCACAACUCUAAUAUGACACUUUGCCCCGAAUUUGAGUUAGAUUAUGCUUUUUAUACGUUUAUCUUACAUUUGUCAUGCUCCUUCGCUACCAAAAACCAAAGAGUUUGUAUUAAGCCAUAUCACAUAAUUACAGUACUGCUUAUAUUACUUUUAUUUUAAUAUUUUUUUUUAUAAGUUUGUGGAUGUACUUUUGGUAGGUGCUUAAUUAACCCUGCUUAGACCCAACUUCUUGCCUACAGUAAACCCACCGCUGUUUGUUGUGACGUCAUGUCACAGCUUUGGAUUGAAAAACUUGCCUUGAUUUUGACAAUACAUGAAACAGUCAUCGCACUGCUUCACAUGUAUGCUUGUGUAUACUGCUGUUUGAUGACUCUUUUUGAUCACCAUAAACUUAUGUAACAAAAUAGAAUAAUUUGGGGAUUGAACAAAGAAAAAUUUACCAGAGUGGGAUUUGAACCUACGACUUGACUGGUAGCAUGCGGUAUUUGAUCUCCAUUAUUAUGCGCGAUGUACAUUGCUUUAACUGCAGUCGGCGAAAGCUUACAGAAACAUUUUAGUUGUUUCUUGAUGUUGUUAUUGCUAUCCAACGUUAAUAUAUGUUUUACAUUUAGAUGUAUUCAGAAUUUGUAAUAAUUGUCCCACCUGUUUUUGUAGUGAUAGUUGCGUAUCGAAUCCCAUUAAGUGUUUGUGAUCGUAUUCAUUUUUUGUUUUAUGAUUUUGUUUCUGUC